AUGUCAGACCCUGAUGCCUCCUCGACGGCAGACCACAUACUGCCUCUCACCUCCCCCCGAACCCCCCUGCAGCUCUCCUUCCCCUUCCUGAGGGAGGGCAGCCGGGUUUGGGAGAGGGAGAGGAAACCGCCGCAGCCCGGGAAGCUGCCCAGCCCACUGCCCACCAAGCGCACCCGCACAUACUCAGCGACAGUGCGAGCCAAAUCAGGUCCGGUAUUUAAAGGGCUGUGUAAAAACUUCUCCAGGUCUCAGGGUCAUGGAUUCAUACGCCCCUCCCACGGAGGAGAGGACAUCUUCGUCCACAUCUCUGACAUUGAUGGAGAGUACGUGCCUAUGGAAGGGGACGAGGUCACGUACAAGGUGUGCCCCAUCCCUCCCAAGAACCAGAAGAUCCAGGCUGUCGAGGUGGUGCUCACUCACCUGAAUCCAGUCACCAAGCACGAGACCUGGUCAGGUCAGAUCAUCAGCUCCUAGACCACCGCUCCAGGCUGCAAAGGCUGCGAAGGACCAGGAGGAUUUGGGUUUAGUUUGGGGUUUUAUGUAUUUCAGGAUGGGAGGUUUGGGAGAAGGUUUUGGGAAGAAGGAUCGGAGCUUGGUGUGCUGCGGAGUUCGGCCUGCGGGGGCCGGAUUAUGGAAGUAUGUUGGUGUUUUGUUUGAGGUUUUGGUCCGAAAGUCAAGCUUUGAAUGUAUUUGUUUGAAUGUUUUCCUUUGACGGUUAACGUGUUUCAAUACAGGGUUUGAAAGUUAGGGUUCAGGGCUUGUGGGUACGUUUUUUACUUUGACCCGAGGAAUAUAGUUUCGCUGAGAUGUUGUUGAAGCAAUGUCAUCAAUGAGCCAAUGCUCGAGAGGCCGAAUCACGUUUUGAGCAAAUCUGACUCAUCUGCUACAUCGACGCUCCAUUUGCACACUCCAGACAGGAGAGUUUAAGUAAGGGACCAACUCAAUGGAGCUCUGAAUUUCAUUCCCGCUUUUAAUUUCCCUCUUUCUAUAAGCCACCGACAGAUGUAAAUUACAUGGCAGCACCGCCAAAAGUCA